CGUUGCUUCUGUAGCUUGACUUUAUUUCAAAUUUAAAAACCGGAACAUAUAUUUUUGAGCCAAUAGUAAAUAAAAUGACCGCUGAAAACGAAAGAGAGAUAUAUCACAAGCUGGAGGCGAUGAAGGAAAUAAGGAACAAAACUAUAACCCUGGAGAGACUAAAGCGCAGCAUCAUGACGGAGGUGCGCAGCGGUGAUCAAGAGGGGCGUUGUCUAGCUCAGUACAAACGCGAGAUGGAGCUGCUGCAGCAGGAGAAGAUGAGCCAUGUGGAGGAACUUCGACAGAUACAUGCCGAUAUUAAUGCAAUGGAAACAGUAAUAAAGCAGACAGAAGAGAGCAUGACCCGCAAGUUGUCGAGCGCGUCCCGUCUACACGAGGAGUAUCGACCGUUGAAGGCUGAGGUGGACCUGCUGCGGAGACAGUACCUGGGCCUGGAGCGACUCCCCGACCUGCACGAGGAGGACGGCAGCCCCAUCACGCCGGACCGGUUCCCGCGCGCCGUGCCGCCGCCCCCGCCGCGCGGCUGCUUCCCCCCGCUGGCGAGCCGCAAGCCGCCCCCGCCCCCCGCCGCCUUCAGGUCUGCUCUAGAACAAGAUUUCAUUACCGUCUCGCUGAGACAGCAGCCGCCGCCGAUGAAGUCGUGUCUGUCGUGCCACCAGCAGAUACACCGGAACGCGCCGAUCUGUCCGCUCUGCAAGGCCAAGAGUCGCUCCAGGAAUCCCAAGAAACCCAAGAAGAAAUAGUUCCCGAGCACACUGCGGAUCGCCGCGGGAACACUGCGGGGACCUGGGGGAUCCCGCGGCGCCGCGGGGACACUGCGGCGACAGGAGGGACCUCGCUGCGCCGCGUUCCAUACGAACAUAAUUUUUAGUGGUGGUAGGACCUCUUGUGAGUCCGCGCGGGUAGGUACUACCACCCUACCUAUUUCUGCCGUGAAGCAGUAAU